AUGCUGAGUCUCCUUAUUCUUCUACCCAUUUUCAUGGUCCAAGCCGGCGAGUACUUGCCGAAAAUGCAAGUUGUUGUUGAAGUCGGCGAGUUCAAUCUCAAGACGGGCUGUUUGGAUGAAACGCUGUGCACAGUCAAAACUUUGGACCUGUCAACGCAUGGAGAAGUCACGAAGAUGAGGUUCAGUCGGGAUUUCGCGAAGAUUCAGACGCCAGAAGUUUUUAUCUUCACCUUAUACAAGGAGGACUUGAAAAGUACUGAUCUGUUGGUGGAAUUGGCUGGAAUUGAUCCUCAGUUUGGCUUUGACAGAGUGUGCGACGAGAUGGACAAGCCUUUUGCCAUCAAUUUGAAUGAGGUAUGUAGUUUCCGAUUUUUUUUGCUGUUUUAGGGGCUUCCAGAAAAUCCGUCAUGAUGACGUGGAUCAAAUUACGGUUGUGAUUUUAUCCAAAUUUUUCAGAUGAAUACGCCUCAAACUGUCCAACUAGAAGGGAUGUGCUUCACACUGACUGCCAAAAUUACUAUAGUAAAACUAUUUGCAUCCUCCCCAUUGAAAUACGAUUUUCUGGUCAAAAAAGAGAUGGAAACGAACCUACAGAUCAUCCUCAUCGUCCUUCUCUCAUUGCUGCUUAUUUUACUCGUCAUUCCUUCUGCAUUUUUGGCCAAAAGAUUCUGCACUCAUCGGGAAAAACCGCUGAAAAUGAAUGCUCCAAUUCAAAAGGAAACCCUGAUGCAAGCCGCCUGA